GGCGGCUGGCGGCGCGGGCGGGCGGGCGAGCGGGCACGCCAGGCUGGGGGCGAUUGCGAGGGGCCGCGCGCGGAGGGCUCCGGGCGCAGUAUGGGCGGCCCGCGGGCCUGGGCGCUGCUCUGCCUCGGGCUUCUGCUCCCAGGAGGGAGCGCCGCCUGGAGCGUCGGGGGAGCUCCGUUCUCUGCGCGCAGGAACUGGUGCUCCUAUGUGGUGACCCGCACCGUCUCGUGCCACGUGCAGAAUGGCACCUACCUGCAGAGGGUGCUGCAGAAUUGCCCCUGGCCGAUGAGCUGCCCUGGGAACAGCUACAGGACAGUGGUGAGACCCACAUACAAGGUGAUGUACAAGAUGGUGACGGCCCGCGAGUGGAGGUGCUGCCCCGGGCACUCGGGGCCGAGCUGCGAGGAAGUUACAGGCUCCCCUGGCUUCGUGGAGCCUGGGUGGUCGGGCAGCGCCACGCGGCGGAUGGCACUUCGGCCCACAGGCUUCUCAGGUUGUCUCAACUGCAGCAAAGUGUCGGAGCUGACGGAGCGGCUGAAGGUGCUGGAGGCCAAGGUGGCGGUGCUGACUGUCACCGAGCGGGCAGUGCCCCCGACUCCAGGUGCCCCUGAGGACCCUGCCCCGCUCUGGGGUUCCCCAGCUGUCCAGGGCAGCCCCGGGGAUGGAAGCCUCCGAGGGCUGCCGGGAACCAGAGAAAACCAGAGGCCCCCUCUGCUCCCUCGAGAUGAUCGAGUGGGUGCCCGGGGGCUUCCUGGACCCGCUGGCCCCAAGGGAGACCCUGGCAGCCGGGGCCCGAUGGGGAUGAGAGGCCCACCAGGUCUGCAGGGCCCCCCAGGGAGCCCCGGCCAGGCCGGAGCUGUGGGCAUCCCCGGAGAGAGGGGACCUCCAGGGCCCCCAGGCCCUCCUGGCCCCCCUGGGCCUCCAGCCCCUGUUGGACCACCCUAUGCCCGGAUCUCUCAGCAUGGAGACCCGAUUCUGUCCAACACCUUCACUGAGACCAGCAGCCACUGGCCCCAGGGACCGGCUGGGCCCCCAGGCCCCCCAGGCCCCAUGGGUCCUCCUGGACUUCCUGGUCCCAUGGGGAUUCCUGGGAGUCCUGGACAUAUGGGACCCCCAGGCCCCAUUGGACCCAAAGGAAUCUCUGGCCACCCUGGAGAGAAGGGCGAGAGAGGACUGCGAGGGGAGCCCGGCCCCCAAGGCUCCAUGGGGCAGCGGGGAGAACCUGGCCCCAAAGGAGACCCUGGUGAGAAGAGCCACUGGGGGGAGGGGUUGCACCAACUACGCGAGGCUUUGAAGAUUUUAGCUGAGAGGGUUUUAAUCUUGGAAACAAUGAUUGGGCUCUAUGCCUGCCCCCGGAGGCCAGACUCGCACCGUCUGCUCUUCUCGAUCUCCCAUCAGGCUCCUAGCUUACAGAGCUUCCUGCAGCAGCAGGCUCAGCUGGAGCUCCUGGCCAGACGGGUCACCCUGCUGGAAGCCAUCAUCUGGCCAGAAACUUCUCCAACCAUCUCCCAGACCUUCUCUUCUCCCAGAGGAUGGACCAAGGACCAAAUCCCAGGCUCUCAGCUCUUUGUCAGGUGCCCGCCCCCCCUCAGGAGGAGGACUGGGACAGGAGCCAGAAGGGACACACUGUGGCCUUGACUCUGUGCCCUGCCCCUCCUUCCG